ACUUCUGACCGUCUCCGUGAGUAGCUGCUGUUUCUGAGCGGUCGAUUCGUAAGCAGGCGCCUGGAGCAGCUGCCCCUUUCCCGGGCCUCCUGCCGGGUCUGUCCUGUGCUCGCGCGGCGUGGGGAGCCCGGCGGUUCCGGGCAGCUUGCCCGGCUUCCUACGGAGGCUCCCGCAGUUUGGCCCGAUAGGCUGCUGUCGAAAGUGCCGGCCGCACGCCGGAGCCGGCAGUAGCCGGGUGGGACGGCUCAAGAUGGCGUGCCUGUUGGAGACCCCAAUCCGCAUGAGCGUCCUCUCGGAAGUAACAGCUAGCAGUCGCCACUAUGUUGACAGGCUAUUUGACCCUGAUCCCCAGAAAGUUCUACAAGGUGUCAUAGACAUGAAAAAUGCUGUUAUUGGAAACAAUAAACAGAAAGCCAACCUCAUUGUUUUAGGAGCUGUUCCAAGAUUGUUGUAUUUGCUUCAGCAAGAACCUUCAAGCACAGAGCUGAAAACUGAAUGUGCCGUGGUGUUGGGAAGUCUUGCAAUGGGCACAGAAAACAAUGUCAAGUCUCUGCUAGACUGCCAUAUUAUUCCUGCCUUACUGCAAGGACUACUGUCCUCAGACCUGAAGUUCAUUGAAGCUUGCCUCCGAUGCCUACGUACCAUCUUCACCAGCCCUGUCACUCCAGAAGAGCUCUUGUAUACAGAUGCCACAGUGAUACCACACCUCAUGGCACUGCUUAGCCGGUCCCGGUACACCCAGGAGUACAUCUGCCAGAUCUUCUCACACUGUUGCAAAGGACCAGAUCAUCAAACAAUUUUAUUUAACCAUGGUGCAGUUCAGAACAUUGCUCACCUAUUAACCUCGCCUUCUUACAAAGUUCGAAUGCAAGCACUGAAAUGCUUCUCAGUUUUAGCUUUUGAAAACCCCCAGGUAUCGAUGACCCUGGUAAAUGUUUUGGUUGAUGGAGAAUUGUUACCACAGAUAUUUGUGAAGAUGUUACAGAGGGAUAAGCCUAUUGAGAUGCAGCUCACAUCAGCCAAAUGUUUGACUUACAUGUGCAGGGCUGGAGCAAUUCGGACAGAUGAUAACUGUAUUAUAUUAAAGACAUUGCCUUGUUUGGUUCGAAUGUGCAGUAAGGAAAGAUUACUAGAGGAGAGAGUGGAGGGAGCUGAGACCCUCGCCUAUCUGAUUGAGCCAGAUGUUGAGCUGCAGAGAAUCGCUAGCAUAACUGAUCACCUCAUUGCAAUGCUUGCUGACUACUUCAAGUACCCCAGCUCCGUGAGCGCCAUCACUGACAUCAAAAGGCUUGAUCAUGACUUAAAACAUGCUCAUGAACUCCGCCAGGCUGCUUUCAAGCUCUAUGCUUCUCUAGGAGCAAAUGAUGAAGACAUCCGGAAGAAGAUCAUUGAGACUGAAAAUAUGAUGGACCGAAUUGUGACUGGCUUGUCUGAGUCUAGUGUCAAGGUGCGGUUAGCUGCUGUCAGAUGUUUGCACAGUUUAUCCAGAUCUGUACAGCAGCUUCGAACCAGUUUCCAGGAUCAUGCUGUGUGGAAACCUUUAAUGAAGGUUUUGCAAAAUGCACCAGAUGAAAUCUUAGUAGUAGCAUCUUCUAUGUUAUGUAACCUCCUUCUUGAAUUUUCUCCAAGUAAAGAGCCCAUUUUAGAAUCAGGAGCUGUAGAGCUACUUUGUGGAUUAACCCAGAGUGAAAAUCCUGCUUUACGAGUGAAUGGAAUUUGGGCUUUAAUGAAUAUGGCAUUUCAGGCUGAACAAAAAAUAAAAGCAGAUAUCUUACGGAGUUUGAGUACGGAACAGCUAUUCCGGUUAUUAUCAGAUUCAGAUUUGAAUGUGCUGAUGAAGACAUUGGGACUUCUGAGAAAUCUCCUCUCUACCAGGCCUCACAUAGAUAAGAUAAUGAGCACUCAUGGAAAGCAGAUCAUGCAGGCCGUCACCCUUAUCCUGGAAGGGGAGCACAACAUUGAAGUCAAAGAGCAGACUCUGUGCAUCCUAGCCAACAUAGCAGAUGGGACGACAGCAAAAGAACUUAUUAUGACCAAUGAUGACAUCCUGCAGAAAAUCAAAUAUUAUAUGGGUCAUUCACAUGUCAAACUGCAGCUUGCCGCUAUGUUUUGUAUAUCAAACCUCAUAUGGAAUGAAGAGGAAGGUUCACAAGAACGCCAGGAUAAAUUACGAGACAUGGGCAUUGUAGAUAUUCUACACAAACUGAGUCAGUCACCAGAUUCAAACCUUUGUGACAAGGCAAAGACGGCACUGCAGCAGUACCUGGCAUGAUGGGAGUGCCCCGAGAACCUGAGAGCAUCCCGCAUCCUUGUUAAAGGAAGUACAGGACUAGCCGCGUUUGAUUCCUUCUGUUUGCACAAGUCACCUUGGACUGCAGGGAGCUGUUUUGCAAAAGCAGUUUAAUAGGCAUAGAUCUCAAGUUCAUCUUGAGAACUUUUUUUUGAGGUGGUGAUUUCCUCGGAGGACUAUUGUGUUUUGUUCUGUUUUGGUUUUUUUUGUUAGCUACUGGACUGUAUUAGAACAAUCAGUCAUUUUCCUUUGGACCUACAGUUUUUUGCCUAUGCUGCAGCCACUUUGUGAGCAAGAAUGAUGGGUGUGUAUGUGCGUGCGUGCGUGAGUGUGUGUGUGUAUGUGUGUGUACAUGCAUGCACAUGCGUAUGAGUCAGAAUGAAUGGGUGUGUGGGUGAGGGAUACCUCAGAUUUGUUUUUCUUAUUUUGUGUGAAAAUCUCUUUUCUACAGAUUUUCCAGGGUUUAAGCAUUGCUUGCUGUAUAAAACAAAACAAAACUUUACUGAAUUAUAUACAGUUUGAAUGAAAUGUUAUUUUAAAAGCAAAACAAUUGUUUAGUGUUCCAUAAAGGUUAUGUUGAAUUUUGGUCAGAUGAAUAUUUGUAAGUAAAAAAAAAAAUAUAUGCAUUUCUGAACCUCAACUUACAUAGAUUUUCUUUAUAAAAACAAACAAAAAAGAAAAAAAAAAAGACAAAGUUGGCUACGUCGGCCUGAAUAACAGGCACUUACACAUGGUGCUGUGCAAACAGUAAGCUAGCAUCUUACUGCCGCCAAUCUUAGCAGGUACAAAGCCUUUUUUUCAGCCUAAUUCAAUAAGUUCUCAGGCUUCCAAGUUAGAAGGGUGGUGGAAUGGAGUAAAGUGAGGCAGCAGUCACCGUGGGUUUUCAAAACAUCAGUGGGAACUAGAACCACUGAUAGAGGAAGCCCGCCCAGCCUGAGCAGGUGGACUGCCUUUGACAGGGCUGGAGACCUAGAGCCUCCCAUCUGCCCUCAGUCCUGUCGUUGGAGUUGGUAUCUGGCAGGAUUCAGAAACAGAUCUGAAACAUUACAUUCAAACUCAGAGUAAGUCGCCAUUUCCUGGAAACAAAGCCAGCUCACCUUGUGCUUCCUGCCACAGCAUAUAUCACUGUGAAACUAAGAGCGUUCCACAAACACAUCUGUAGGAAGAGGCAAGAACAGCUUGUCUAGAAAGCUUUUUCUGAAUUAGCUCAGCAAUUCCAUGCAGUAGCUCGGGGUUGCUGAUCGGUGUGCUUUUGUGGAAACAAGAUCUGAGGUCUUUCUGAAUGAAGCUAAAAACUCUUCAGAUUGAGAGAAGGAAGGGAAUCUCCCCCAGGAUGACAGAAAAUUACUUCUUUUUCUUGGCAACCCUUCAAGUUGAACUCAACAGAGGCUCCUCUUGCUGUUUGAAGGUAGAACCAGCCUCCCUUUUCCUUUUACUAGAAGGAGAUCAGAAGCAUCACAGGCAGGUUAUGAGGUCUCCAGUUAAAAAAGUUGCAGUGAAUGUGCCACUGAUGGGGUCCUACACCACCCACCAGCCACUCUCUGGGGGGCUGCUCACAAGAAGCUGCUCUGUCACCAACCUGCACCUUGCUUGGAAGACUUAAAUAUGGUUGAUUGCAAAUGAAUGUUUUUAAAAUGUAUUUAAUGCAAUUUUUCCUGUUUUCAACAUGUCCACCCAGGAUGCAAACACAGAGAUUUCCAAGUUGUUGGGGUCCUCCCACUGAGAACAUGACUGAUUUUUUUAAAAUGCCACAAUACAACUUGGGUUUUGUGAAGAUAUCAGAGUACUAAUGUGAGAAAACUAGUUUAUUGGGAAUUGAGCCUUGUUUAGGGCCCACUCAUUGCCAUUUCUGGUGUGGAGACUAUCCUUGUUUGGCAUUUGUAACGCACAAUGCUGCAGCAUUGGUAUUAAAAGUACCAGGUAAACAGAAAGAAACCAAUAAUGCAUUGCUCAGACAAUCUUGAACCCAAAUAGCAUUAGAGAACUAAAGACCUGGUAGAACAACUUUCACCCUUAAACUCUGUGAAUAAAUCUUGCCUGUGGGUAUAAACAAUGGUCACAUAAAAGUGCUUUAUGAUAACUUUUCUUAUUUGAAUGAAGGGAAAUGUAUUUAUUAAAACAAAGCUGUUUGCUGCUUUACGCAGGUGCAGUGUUCAGUCAGCAAGGAAGUGGGGAGAAUGGGACAUGGUCUUAUGUCUACACCCAAGUUCUUAGUUGAGCUUCUGCUCUCUAAUACUGCAUUCUGUUUCUCCUUUUGUGCCCUGAUUGUAACCCAGAAUUUAUGAACUAGAAAAGAAUGUCCAAUUUAAUAAGUUGCAUUUUUUUCCUUAAGCACUUUAUUCAGAACAAUACAUGUUCUUCUGGUAGUGUUUGGAUAAUAUGAUUUUAACACAUGCUAAUAAAAGCCAAGAAAAAUCAUG